UCUUAAAUUAUAAACUAAAUAGAAUUGAAGGAGUUAUAAAUGAAGAAUUAUCUCAAUCUUCAAUAUCAUAUUUAAACACUAGUUCUCUAAAUAGUUUUCAUAAUACAACAUAUCAAGAUAUCUUAUUAAUCCUAUUAACUACACCUCUAAGACCAUUGUUAGAUCUAAAAUCAAGAUCAAGUUCUCUAACUGAUUUUUCAUUUUUAUAG